AUGGUUACUAAAGGGAUCAUCUCGAAAGACGGUCCGAUUCUGCCCCGCCCAACGCAGCUGUCUAUUUUAGCAUCUACUAGUGAAAACGUGUGGAAAGUUCCCUCUGAUUUUCGAGACCUCAGCUGCUUCAAUAUUCUCAAGUACGGAUUUGGGAAAUCCAACUUGAAGGUCAUCCAAGGAGUCCCUUCCUUGGCGUCUCUGAUUACCACCACGCCAAUGCCAGUUGGGUCCCUGGAAUGGAACGAUGGAAUGUCUUCCCUGGAAGUAUUCUUUCCCGAAGGCUCAAUCAAUCCUGGAAAUUCACCUCAGGGGGGUGCUGACUUUUAUGCGAACCCUUUGCCUGCUCUAACAGAAGCUCAGAAUGUCACAUUUGCGUAUAGUAUAUUUCUUCCAGUAGAUUUUGAACCUGUGCGCGGAGGAAAAUUACCUGGACUAUAUGGUGGGAAAACCGGGUGUAGUGGUGGAGAUGCUGCAUUGGAUUGUUUCUCGACACGGCUCAUGUGGAGGGCAAUGUCGGAAGGAGAGCUGUAUUUGUAUGCUCCCAAAGAUAAACAGACGCCUGAAGUCUGCAAUACUCCUCCCCGGUCUAUAUGUGAGGCUGACUAUGGGCUUUCAAUUGGCCGAGGCUCCUUCAGAUUCACUCCGGGACAAUGGACACAUGUGAGCCAAACAGUGGUGCUCAACACUCCAGGGAAACAGGAUGGAUGUUUCACGCUCGACGUCAACGGCGAACGUGUUAUGGAUUUAAGGGGCGUCUACUAUCGACAAGGUGAUGGAGAAAAUCAGGAUGACACUGGAGACGAGCACGACAGCGAACAAAUCGACAACACAAGGCCAGAGGGCGAUUUGGACUCGAUCACUCCAGACGGAGGAGACGCGUCGGGCCAGGACUCAGGAAGCCCAGAGGACUCAGGGGAUAGUAGCCUUCUUGGUAAUAUUCUAGUCGCACCACCGAAAAUGGAGAGGCACCAUGGUGCUAAAUACGCAUGGAACACACAUAGUCGCACGCCAGUAUUCCUUGCGCCCAACCCACGUCUACGCUUCAACCAAAGGCCAAGGGUUUUUCAGCGUGUUCCGCCGAAUCUGCCACAUCCAUUUGUUUCAACAAAGGUAUUCCGACCCGCGACAGUUACAACAGUCUCGCAGGUCACCAAGGCACAAGUCGCCGCUAUUUCUCGCAGUUCAGCUACGCGAGCGACUGGGCCUCCGAAAGUGGCAAACCUUGCAGCAGCGAAGAGAGUUCCUGGCUUCAGUGGGAUAUUUUUUAGUACGUUUUUUGGUGGGCAUACACCCAACUUUGCGACCCCCAAGGACCAAAGGAUAUGGUUUAAAGAUUUCUCGCUCGUCGUCAACGAUUGA